CGUGCUCAACCUAUCGGGCUUAGACGGGUGCAGCAACUGCCGUUCCUCUGCGCUUCGAACUUCUGUGCCCCCUGGAGCCCACCACUGUCCCACAUCCGACGUGCUGCCCUGCACCAGCAGCGAUGUGCCGGACCUUGACCGGCUUCCCCACCACCUGUCUGGAGAGAGCCAAAGAGUUCAAGACUCGUCUGGGAAUCUUUCUUCACAAAUCAGACCUGGGCUGUGAUACUGGGAGUGCUGGCAAGUUCGAGCGGACCAGUAAACACUGCAAAGAGGGCAGAAACGUCUCAGAAGAUGUGCUGGGGUGGAGAGAGUCUUUCGACUUGCUGCUGAGCAGUAAAACUGGAGUGGCUGCUUUCCAUGCUUUCCUGAAGACAGAGUUCAGCGAGGAGAACCUGGAGUUCUGGCUGGCUUGUGAGGAGUUCAAGAAGAUUCGCUCGUCCACCAAGCUAGCCUCCCGGGCUCACAGGAUCUUUGAGGAAUUUGUCCGCAGUGACGCCCCUAAAGAGGUGAACAUAGACCAUGAGACCAGGGAGCUGACCAGGGUGAACCUGCAGGCUGCCACAGCCACGUGCUUUGAAGUUGCUCAGGGAAAGACACGCACACUGAUGGAGAAAGACUCCUACCCACGCUUUCUGAAGUCGCCUGCGUACCAGGACCUGGCUGCCUCUGCCUGUCCGUCCAGCUGCAGCCCUGCUGAGCCCUCGCACACCUGAGCCUCCUGGCAGUGAGGAAGCCAGCCUGGAAGAAAGGUUCAGGCUGCCGCCUGUGUAUGAGGCAGGGUCUGCUAAGCAAGCGGGAGAGGACGGGGGUGGGAAAAGUCCCUGGGCCACCUGUUUGGGGGCCACAGCCGCUGCUCCAGACACUGUGGGCUGCAUUCCAUGCAGGAACUCAGGACCUUGGGGUGCAGGCCAAAGAUGAAGUUUGUCAGGACUCAGUGGGAAAGCAACGAUUGCCUGAGAGUUCUCAUGAACGCUUGUCAUUUUGAAGGGGAUGCUUCUGGGGCAGAUUGAAAAAGUGCAGGAAGGGAAACCUGGGCCUGAGGGAAGGCAGUUGGCUCAGCUGGGUGCCUGUUGAACAGUGGGUGGCAUCCCAUUUCCCUAAGUCCCAGGCUUGCCUUGCCUAGAAGGGGCCCCUGGUUGUAGAAUCAUCUUGCUCUGUCCCGAUCACCUGCCUCUGAGCUGCCAACAUUCCUUUGUCCAGCCUCACAGUCCUGUCAAGGACAAGAAAGAGUGGAAUGUUUUCCUCCUAUUAGAUUUAUACCUCAAAAACUGACCUUCGAGUCCCUUUCUAAGUCAGCAGAGAGUCCCCAAAAGAGGCCAUCCUGCUUGGGUGACAUUAGCCUUGGUGUUCAUGGUGACCUCUUGCAGGUGGUCACCGAUCUUGUAUUUGCAGUAGGGUCUACCUGUGAGCAGGGCUUAGCUCUGUACUGCCCUUGAAUGUGGGAUCUGGAGGAGAAAGUUAGUGAGCAGGUAUUCAGUUCUCACACUGGCAAUGAACCAACAUGUAGAACCAGAGGCGAAAGGAUCAUAACUAACACAUAUCCACAUGGCAGUUCUGUUUAAAUUAAGCCAGUAUUUUUUGUGGGGAUGAAAAUGGGGGGAAAGACACCCUGGGAUGGAAGGGGAGCCUCAUGUUUCUUUUCUGGGGUGUGAGACGUACUUAUCCUAGUGUGUAGACAGAUGGUACAGGAACCAAGAGUUGCCUUGGACAGGAGCUGGGAAGAGCAGAACUGGGGGGCAGAACCUGCCAAUCACCUCAGGAUUACCACUGAACAAACAUUCCAAGAUGGGACUUCUGCAGGAGCCCAGGCUGGACAGGCAGUGAACAGGGACACCUCUGAGGCCCCAGGAAAUUAGCGCUGUUCUCUCUGCACUGUGAGCUUCUCCAGGAGAAAAUUACUGAAGUAUAACAUAUUGUUAGCUUGGUGACAAUUGUAGCAUAUUAUCUUGGUUACUGUAGCUGUGAUGUUGCUAUUGUUAUUUAUUGUGGUAAUCUCAGUUUGCCUCUCCUAGCCAGUCACAAUGGGAGUCGGCAGCUUGGCUGUCGCCCUCUCUUGGCCAGACUCUACCUCUUCAGGGGCUGGGAAUUUCUAACACCUGUUGGGAACUGCUAUUAAAAUAUUUAUUUAUUGUUGACAACUGGAGCUGGUUUCCUAGAUAAGAAUAAUGUAUUCAACCCCCAUCUUCCUGUUUCAGCAU